AUGGAGAAGAUUGAAGGAAAGGCGGACAGUGCAGCUGCUGUUAUACACAAGCUACUAAGAUCACCAAAACCUGAACAGCUGUAUCUCAAAUAUGCUCAUGACAUACUUGGCGUGGUUGCACUUCUUGGAGAGGUUCGGACCCAUAAGCUUAGCAGCAUGCUUUCAACAUAUCUUGGAGAAGAUCAGAUGCUUGCUGUAGUAUGCAAAUCCCGUGCAGCUGCCAGAGCUCUUGAAAAUUAUCAAAUGGACGGAAAUGUGAAUUGCGCCAGUGCUCUUGACAUAUUAGCAGCUAGGCUUGGAAUUUCCAUCAAGGGUCGAUAUUUAGUUAUAUGCCUUGAGGAUAUAAGGCCAUCUAAGCGAGGAGUCAGCAGUGAUCGCCAAAGAGAACUUGCUAUUCCACACCCUACUUUAUCAAACAGAGAAACUCCCCCAGGCUUUUUGGGCUACGCGGUUAAUAUGAUAUUCCUUCCUGCAGAAUAUUUGCAGUUUAGAACUGCUUCAGGUCAUGGUCUCCGAGAGACAUUAUUUUAUCGUCUGCUUGGUAAGCUUCAAGUCUACAAGUCUAGAGAGCACCUUUACAUGGCAAGUUCCUGCAUAGAAGAGGGUGCGGUUUCCUUGGAUGGUGGAAUGAUGAGAGGAAAUGGAGUUGUAUCUGCAUCUGUUGGAUCUGAGGAACCAUACAUUCUAUUUCCAGUCAUCUGUCUGGAAAGACAGUUGCUCCUCUCACCUGAGAAAGUAGAAAGAUUGAAGAGAAUCGAAGAGUUGAAGCUGGAACGAAAUCAAUUGCAAGAUCAAAUACAGGAAGAGCUUAGGAAUGAAGCAAAGUACAAGAAGAAGUUGGCCAAAAAGCUCAGGGAUAAAAAGCAGAUUGAUGAUCAGUUGGAGCCUUCUCCUGGAAUGUACAGCUCGGACAUGGAUAUCAGUUGUUGA